CUCUCGGGUUAACUGAGAUAAAUGUUGAGUUAUCAAAUAUUUUUUGCCCGGGCCUUGUUGAGAAGGUGAACAGCGAUGGCACAAGUUGACUGUUGAGAAGCCUUCAUUAUUAUUACACUUCCAGCCGCAGUAAGCGCGAAAAUGAAGAGAUGGUGAGGCUGGCGUUUUCAGGAUAGAAAUGCCUGUGGAUGUUUGCGCCUGGAUGAAGCCCGUAACUAGUUAUUUAUUAAUCUAAGCUAGCUAUUUACCGAAGCACCACCACCAUGUUGGUGGGCAGCUAACUCAGGAUUUUUCCCAACAAAGGAACUGCCCAGCGCCUGGGUAUUAUAGCUUUGAAGACUUAAAGGAUGACGUGGUGGUUUAAUGUCAUCAAUAGCUCCGUGCCGGUUGAAACAUGGGCCUUGCCUGGGGGUUUGCCGUUAAACAACAUUGCCGACCCGGGGUGCACAAAACAAGAAGCUCAUUUUCCUAGGCCACGACAUUACAAAAUUCUCUCUUGCGAUCAUAGAAUGUACUGUACUUCUGAGGCAUAAUCAUUUUUUAGUGCAAACAAUGCAGGUAUUAUGGGAUGUGGUUCCAGCAAGGUUCAACGCGACAACGAUCCUCCCGGUACCAGUUAUAACAAACCCCGUCCGGCAACUCGUCCAAAUUCACAUCGAACGCAGUCCCAAAGAAGGCUUGCCACAGGCACCGGGGCGAGAAAUCGGACCCAACCUCUAUCUGCAGUUCCAAAACCGCACUCAAGCUCUAAGCCAAGGACGCAUUCGCAGUCGACAAGUUCGAGGACACAUCUUCAUACUGGAGCGAGGACGCGGCCAUCGAGAACAGGCACCCGUCGCCGUCAUCCCACAGCACUGGGGACAAUCCAUGAUGGCCAACCGCCAGAGGAUAGCGCGAUUCGGGAAGAGAUCAAUUCGUUUCGGCUGUUCAUUGAUCAGCACGCGAUCAAUUUUUAUCGCACACAAUGCGACGAGAGCGGGGCAUCGAUAUCCAGAUAUAUUGCGCGAACGAUCAUUUCCAAUGUUAUAGAGAAGCGUUCGAAUGAGAACAGCGUUGCCAUGAACCUAGCCAGCGCCCUCGAAAAGUACGCUAAUGAUGCGACCAGCCAAAAGCGAGGUGAACACCUUCUCAUAUUGUGUAGAACGGCGAGUAUGAUAGGGAGCAUGAUGGACAGGCACCCAGAAAGCUGGGAGUUUAGUUGGCGUGGAGGGGUUGAUAUCGUGUUUCCCAGCGUGAUGCGGGGCCACGCAGAAUUUAUGCAGGCAACGCUGGAUAUAUAAAUUUUUUCACUUCGGAAAUCUCAGUUUUCUCGUCGCCUAGUUGCCUGGCUGCGUCUUCGAAAAGCCAAUUGGAUGUAUUUUUCCCUGCUUCGUUUCAGAUACCAAAUUUUAGUCUAUUAAUCUUCUCUUCAAUAGUAGGAAAUCCUCCUACACUUGUCCAAAAUAAUUAGCCUCGGACCGAAUUACGAUGAUAUUUUAUUUUCAAUGAUUAAUAUAUGAACAGAAC